CUAAUCUUCCUGCUCAGCAUCUCUGCUGGCUGUCUGGGCGAUCCUUGUCUUUCAUGUGAACACAGGACAUGUUUACCGGACAACCCCUGUUUAAGGGAUCUUUCAUUGUUUAGGAAAGAAGGAACGUUUUUGGUGCACAGUCAGCAUUAUUUUUACGGAUCAGCAUGUGGCCCAGUGGAAAGUCAAAAAAUCAAAGGAAGUGACAAAUCGGCACCCUAACACUGAAGCCUCAAAGACCUCUCAAGAUUUCCUUAACCUCACCUUGAGCGCAAGCAGAUCGGCACCCACCCUGCAGCUAAGGAUUAUGCCCAUAUAGCCUCUUCUGUUUUUGCAUGAUCUGACGUGGCAUUAAGCGACGUUGAAACCAUGGCGGACCCCUACCAGAACAACAUCUACCACCAAGGAGACGGAGACAGCUACGGGACUUACGGACAUGGAUCGGAUGGCUACGGUUACCAGACAGACUACCCACCCCAGGAGGAGGAUGCAGCCAGUGAUGCCACCGAAGGGCACGAUGAAGAUGAUCAGAUGUACGAAGGGGAGUACCAGGGCAUCCCUCACCCAGAUGAGGCCAAGACUGCCCGGAGGGCGGCAAGAGCGAAAGCCAGAACUGCGGCAGACACGGUAUCAGAACAAGAGGAGCUGGCGGAACAAUACGAGGACAUCAUGGAGGACUGCGGACAUGGAAAGUUCCAGUGGAACUUGUUUGUGGUGCUGGGUCUGGCUUUAAUGGCGGACAGCGUCGAAUGCUUUGUAGUGGCCUUGGUGUUACCUAGCGCAGAAAAAGACAUGUGUUUGUCACACGGCGAGAAGGGAAUGCUGGGUCUGAUAGUGUUCCUGGGAAUGAUGUUCGGGGCUUUUAUAUGGGGCGGUCUGGCUGACAAAGUAGGCAGACGGAAAUGUCUGAUUAUCGUCCUGGCCAUGAACAGCAUCUCUGCAUUCUUCUCCUCAUUUGCCCAGGGAUACGGAUUCUUCCUCUUCUUCAGGCUGUUCUCUGGCAUCGGCAUCGGAGGCUCCGUCCCAAUCGUGUACUCGUACUUUUCUGAGUUCCUGCAGAUGGAUAAGAGGGGGGAACAUCUCAGCUGGCUCUGCAUGUUCUGGAUGAUGGGGGGCAUCUAUGCCUCUUUCACCGCCUGGGGCAUCAUUCCUAGAUACGGUUGGGGUUUCAGUAUGGGCACAGAGUUCCAGUUUCACAGCUGGAGAGUGUUCGUGUUGGUUUGUGCUGUCCCAGCAGUAGCGGCUUUAAUUGGGCUCAUGUUCAUGCCAGAGAGCCCCCGCUUCCUGCUAGAGAACGCUAAACAUGAUGAGGCUUGGAUGAUUCUCAAACAAGUUCAUGAUACCAACUGGAGAGCAAAAGGAGAGCCUGAGAGAGUGUUUACUGUAACACAAAUCAAGACUCCAAAGACACAGGAAGAUGAGUUUAUUGAGAUUCAGACCGCAACUGGAACGUCUUUUCAGAGAUGGGUUGUUCGGACUUUAACAUUGACCAAGCUGGUCAUCAAAAAUGUUUGUUCCCUCUUUGGUCGUGAUCUGAGACUCUCUACUUUGCUAAUGGCUGUUAUAUGGUUCACAAUGGCAUUUAGUUAUUACGGGCUUUCGGUGUGGUUUCCCGACAUGAUAAAGCACCUACAGCACGAAGAAUACAAAUCCAAGCUCAAAGUGUUUCACAGAGAGAAGGUGGAGCAUUUUCAUUUCAACUUCUCUUUGGAAAACCAAGUUCACAAAGAAGGAGAAUACAUCAACGACAAGUUCAUCAACAUGGAGAUGAAGUCGGUGAAGUUUGAAGACUCUCUGUUUGUGGACUGCACCUUCGAGAACAUCAGAUCCACAGAAACGUUCUUCUAUAACUGCACCCUCAUUAAGACUAAGUUCUUUGACACGGAUAUGUACAAGGAGAAGUUUAUUGACUGUACAUUUGAGAACGUUACCUUCGAGCACACCCGGAAGGGAUGCCACUUAGACUACGAUGAAGAGAAUGACGUUCUCAUCUACCUGGUCAGCUUCUUGGGCAGCUUGGCUGUUUUGCCCGGAAACAUAAUCUCGGCACUUUUCAUGGACAAAAUUGGGAGAAUUAAGAUAAUAGGCGGUUCGAUGUUAAUUUCUGCUGGCUGCACCUUCUUCCUUUUCUUGAGCUUCAGUCAGGCGGCUAUCAUAGCCUGGCAGUGUUUGUUUUGUGGAGUUAGCGUAGCAGCGUGGAACGGCAUCCAGGUCAUCACGGUGGAGCUUUACCCGGCUUCAAAAAGAGCCACAGCAUUUGGAGUCUUGAAUGCCAUUUGUAAGCUUGCAGCUAUUUUGGGGAGCUCGAUCUUCGCCUCAUUCGUUGGCAUUACCAAAGUCAUUCCUAUUCUCCUGUCCUUCGGCGCUUUGGUUGGCGGAGGAGUCAUCGCUCUGAAACUGCCCGAAACCAGAGAGAAGCUCUUGCUGUGAAGAUUCAAAGCCAAAACAUGAUACAGCCAAUUGGAUGUUGAUAUAAGUGUGGACUACUCAACUGAUGGCAUGUGCAAAAUUGGACUUUAACAAUAAAAAUGAUGAAAUCGCUCCAUUCACAAAAGGAUGUCCAAAUCCAUAGUGAAUUUCCUUAAUAGUUCUGCUUCAGCGUUACAAUGUGUGAUAGUGUAUCAACAAAUACAAAUUUUUAAGAAUUUGGGCACGGAUUCCAAAUCAUGUUAAAGGUCCAGUGUUUCAUUUUUUUGGAGGAUCUGUUGACAGAAAUGCAAUAUAAUAUACAUAACAAUAUCUUCAGAGGUGUAUAAACACCUUAAAUAAUGAAGCGUUAUGUUUUUAUUACCUUAGAAUGAGCUAUUUCUACAUACACGGCGGGUCCCCUUGCGUGGAAUCCGCCAUGUUGUUUCUACAGUAGCCCUAAAUGGACAAACUGCUCUACGGAGCGCGUUUCGUAAAUACGUAUCUCCUUCAGCAAAGAAGCGAAAACAUGAGGACAUCUUAGUUCUGUGUCAGCUGCUUCGAAAGGGAGUGGUGGAGUGAGCCGUUGGUUGCAAUUCGCAACCUCACCACUAGAUGCCACUAAAAUUCAUACACUGGACCUUUAAUAUAAUCACAUGACUAAUAUGUCAUAUUUUUUUCUCAAAAAUAUCUGCACUAGCUACUGAAGUCAAAGUAAAAUCGACUGAGGUUAUUUUGAUAAAAUCCUACACUAAUAGAAAAUGUCCCAGAUUUGUUUUGAGGGAGUAAUGAAUGGGAUUCCGUGUUGCCAGAUUAAGUCUCGACUCUCGAUCCGGUGCCAUGUCUUGGUCAAAUAAUUCAGGUACUGUUUGUUUUUUUAUUGUUUAGCUUGUAUUUUGACCUUCCCUAAACAGCUAGCUUCUCACCCCUUGCGUUUGCUACUAAAAUAACCCACUGAAUAAUGUAUUUCUGUCCUGGUGUUUGCAAACGUCCUGUGUCUGAUUUCAAUGUUCCUAUGUGUUUGGAUGAUCAACGCAGAAUGUCAGCUUGUGUUAGAUGAGUCAUUGCUAUAAAUGUUACCCGGGCUUCCUUUUUUGUAUUUUUGCUCUAAUUGCCCAAUUUCAAUGGUGCACAUUAAAAAAACCUACUUGUAUUUUUCGUCUCACUUUACCUUUCCUACCACCCUAAAUGUGUUGUUUCUUAGUGCUCUCUCUUUAUCUUUUUCAAUUCCUCAUUUUAUGAUUUUGAAUUCUUUGGAAACAAUAAUAAAGACCGUAAUAAUGAGAUAUCCGGACAGUUGUCAGUCAAACGCUGUUGACCAUCUUUUGGGGCCACAUAUCUGUAUUUGUUGUUGACUGAGUUGCAUGUGUGUUACUUACCAAGUAAUAUCCGUGUCUAUUUUCAAUGUGUUGUUGGCGAUGCAAAUAGUCUGGGUGAUUUGUAUGUUUCACUGCAAAUAAAAUCAUAGGUCAGACCACCGAUGUCAAUCAACAUCAUGAUUCAACGAGUCUAAUGUGACCCUCAUGAAUCAUCCAUCAUGACAGGAGGUCAGUUUCAAGAUUCAUAACUUGUGAACAAAUCUGUGCAUGUCACUGUAUCACUGCUUUGCAUACUAUGAUGUACAAACAUUUACCAGAUGGGAGCGAAAGCGUUUCUUUAUACUUGAAAGAAAUACUUCGGAAAAGUGAACAACAUGAAUAUUGCCGUGUUAAAUGUUCUUGCUAUCAAACAAUCUUUUUUCUCCUCGGAGAGCUGGAACUGUCAGAUGUAAAAAACAUUUCUAUAACAAUUAAUAAGGUUAUCAUUUAUACUAACUCCUACAUAAAAAUAACAUAUUCUGUUGUUUUUGUAAGUAUUUAGGUUAUUUCAACUUGCUUCUUCACUUAUUUAUUUAGAUCAUUUCUGGCUGUCGCAGAAAAAGCUUCACUGUACGUUUUCUGUUGAACGUUUUGUUUUGUGACUGUAAAUUACGAAUUACAAAAAUAAACUUAUUUAUGUGUUCUGAA